AUGACUAUCACUUUAGACGACGUUGCGACUCUCCUUCACAUCUCACCACAUGGUAAAAUUUUUGAUGCACCUUUGAAUAUGAAUACUAAUAAUGCUGCAAGAGCUGCACAUGAGUACUUAGGUGCAACAUGGGAGGAAGCAUGUAUUGAGAUUAGUUAUAACAAUCGUCUCAUUCAAACUAACCAGUUUGAGUGUGCGGCUAGAACGUAUCUGUUGUAUUUAGUUGGCUGCACUAUUUUCGCUGAUAAAACACAUACGCGUGUUGAGGCAAAAUACAUUACUCUUUUUAUUGAUUUACAUCGUUGUCGGGACUACUCGUGGGCUUCCGCAACAUUGGUUUUCCUUUAUGACAACCUGGGAGAUGGAGCUGUCCACGACACUCGACAUGUGGAAGGUUACAUGACCCUACUACAGUGUUGGAUUUACGAGCACUUCCCUAGAAUCUGUAAGCGAGGUGAUAGAGGAGCGGUUCCUGCGCAUCUUCCAAGAGCAUCUAGGUGGACUGCAAAACAUGUUGUUGAAGGUGGAUUGUUAGCAUAUCGUCGGAGACUUGAUGUGUUGUUGCUCGAGGAUGUAGUGUUUACACCAUAUGAUGAUGAUCGAGCUAAUCAUCCGUUUGUAUCGAUUUCGAUGUUUUUUGGAUAUCUUCGAUGUGGUGGAGUCUCAGUCCCAUAUUUGCCAGAGCGAUGUCUUCGACAGUUUGGUCGUAUUCAAUGCAUUCUGCGUGACGUUCCUCCGAUGCCGAAUAGUAUAGAUUCGGUAUGGCAGAAUACUAUGAGAUCAUCUGUAGAGACCUUUCGGAGAAUAUAUCCUGUUGCGACUUUUCUUGAAGAGGUCACUGCAGACUACUAUGCAUGGCACGUUAGUGUUUCACAUCCUCUGAUUCUCCCUCCAUCCACUGUUGCACCUUCGAGUCUACAUACUACUGUUGUUGCACAUGCUGGUCCAUCAUCUUCUGCACAUACUGGUAGAGACCGUAGAGCAGCUGAGCUUGCACAUAGGGCCUUAGAUAUGGUAACACCAUUUAGUGAGAUUCAUGACAUAUUAAGUGAAUUAUGUCGCUUGUAUGACGAUUAG